UUGGGCUCGUGGACAUGGUGGUGAAGACAAUAUGGUCUUCCCAUUGCAGGUCCAAAGCGGUAACGGGUCACCUGAUACGGGCCUUGCCCGUCUGCACGAGCUAGGCUACAAACAAGAACUCAAGCGUGAUCUCUCGGUCAUAUCGAAUUUCGCAUUUUCGUUUUCAAUCAUAUCGGUGCUAACCGGAAUAACCACACUGUACAAUACGGGGCUAACGUAUGGUGGACCGGUAGUAUUGGUGUACGGGUGGCUAAUUGCCGGUGCUUUCACCAUGUUUGUUGGGUUGUCGAUGGCUGAGAUUUGCUCUUCUUACCCAACUUCUGGUGGGCUUUACUAUUGGAGUGCCAUGCUUGCUGGCCCUGAUUGGGCUCCCUUUGCCUCCUGGCUCACUGGCUGGAUCAACAUUGCUGGCCAGUGGGCUAUCACAACAAGUGUGGAUUUCUCACUUGCACAGAUGAUUCAGGUGAUUAUUCUCCUUAGCACAGGUGGAAACAAUGGCAGCGGAUAUUCAGCUUCUAAGUAUGAAGUUAUCGCGAUACAUGGUGGAAUUCUGCUCCUCCAUGCUAUCAUAAACAGCCUUCCAAUUUCGUGUCUGUCCUUGUUGGGACGGCUUGCUGCUGCUUGGAAUAUUUUAGGUGUAUUUGUACUCAUGAUUGUCAUUCCCACGGUUGCAACGGAAAGGGCUAGUCCCAAAUACGUCUUUACUUACUUCAACACUGACAAUGGGGAAGGAAUCAACAGUAGAGUCUGCAUAUUUCUCCUUGGACUCCUAAUGAGCCAGUACACCUUUACCGGAUACGACCCAUCUGCCCAUAUGACAGAGGAAACCAAAGGCGCCGAUGUAAACGGACCAAGGGGGAUCAUCAGUGCCAUUGGCAUAUCUAUAGUUGUCGGGUGGGGUUACAUACUAGGCAUCACCUUUGCAGUUACCGACAUUCCGUACCUUUUGAACCCGGAGAACGAUGCCGGUGGUUAUGCAAUCGCGGAAGUAUUCUACCUAGCGUUCAAAAGACGAUAUGGCAAUGGUGCUGGGGGAAUUAUUUGCCUGGGAGUGGCGGCUGUCGGCAUUUUUUUCUGCGGUAUGAGCUCGGUCACUAGUAACUCAAGGAUGGUUUAUGCCUUCUCAAGAGACGGAGCGAUGCCAUUGUCAUCGCUCUGGCAUAAAGUGAACAAACAGGAGGUCCCCAUAAACGCAGUUUGGCUCUCUGCUCUUAUAGCAUUUUGCAUGGCUCUAACGUCUCUUGGAAGCUUAGUGGCAUUUCAAGCCAUGGUAUCAUUAACAACAAUCGGGCUCUACCUUGCUUACGGUCUCCCAAUAUUCUUCAGGAUUACAUUGGCUCGCAAGUCUUUCGCUCCAGGGCCUUUCAACUUAGGCCGCUAUGGGGUUCUAGUCGGUUGGAUUGCUGUUCUUUGGGUUGCGACUAUUACUGUCCUCUUCUCGUUACCCGUUUCUUAUCCCAUUACCGAUCAGACUCUAAAUUACACGCCGGUGGCAGUCGGCCUCCUCCUCCUUCUCACCGUUUCUUCUUGGAUCGUUAGUGCUCGACACUGGUUCAAAGGUCCCAUCACCAACAUAAAUAGCUAACUGAUCUAUGUUUUUCCAUACAACU